AUGAUUCUCGUUGGAUCAAUAACUGUUGGAGUCUUAUUGGGCAUUAUUGGUGCGAAUAUAAAAACAAUGUUUGAAAUUCAAAUGGUCUCUCAAGAAAUGAAGGUGCUACAUAUGAAUAUCCUCGAAGCUCUGGAAAAUCUGAUUAAAACAGAGGAUUCCACAGUUACUGUAAACUCAGUAGAUAUGACGACGCAAACGUAUCCAGUGCAUCAACUGAUUCGUGAACUUGAACUUAAUGAAAUAGCUAUUUCUCAUACUGAUGCCUGA